CAAAAAUUAUUUCGGAAGGCAGAAACGGGCAGAUGAUUUACAUUAUGUAAUGCGUAUUACUGUAUUAAUGGAAUUUCCGACAACAGUUAAGAGAUGUAUCGGUGCAAUAAUUGCAUUUUCCGGAGUAGGUUAA